GCCAUUCCCUCCUGGCAAGUGCCUUGCAGCAACUUGUUUUCCCUUUUCCUAAACCUCAUAAGCACAUGGAAGUUGCCACCGUAGCUUCUUGCCAGCGUCCCAGCUUGUACUCUGUACAUCUUACUGUACUCGAGGCUCUUGUUGCCAGGGUUUCCCCAAUUGUGAUGUUCUACCUUCAUAUCAAGAUAACUGGGAGGUUUAUAUAUUUUCCUUCCGCAGGAUUGUGGAAAUUUUGGCUCAGGUCCAUCAGUUUGUUUGUCGUAUUCACUUCUUCCCAGAGGGAAAGCUGGAAUUGCUAAAAUUCACCCCUUUCCCGCGCGAGAUUUUGUUUCUUUUGACUUUUUCUUUUCUUUCAAAUAUCAGUAUAUAAUAAACGUCCUGGUCUUGACUUGAGUCUCCAUGUAGCGGCCACUUCGACAGUUGUCCCGGCUGUCCCAUCUGUUGGAAGUCAUGGCCAUAU